UCUUUAGCCUCUUAACCCGACACUCCGGUAAUUUUGCUUCAUCGCCAUCAACUGAAGAUCCGGGGAUCAUGUCAGAACUGCCAAAAAAAGUUGUUGCAUCAGACAAGGUGCAGACCAUCAAACUGCUAAGUAACGACAAUAAAACAUUUACAGUUGAUGUCAAGGUAGCACGAUGCUCCACGACCUUCAAAACCAUGCUGGACGACUUGGGCCUUGAUGAAAACGAUGAUGAUGAUGAACCACUGUAUUUGUCGACUAUCAACAGUGAAAUUCUAAAAAAAAUCCUGAAAUGGUGCGAAUAUCACAAGGACGACCCACCUGUCGACGAAGAUGAUUACGAACAAGGUUGUGCAUCGAAAAGUGCAGAUAUGAGCGAAUGGGAUGCUGAAUAUUUCAAGGUUAGUAAUCAAACUUUAUUUGAUAUCUUACUUACUGCAAAUUACCUUGAUAUCAAAGGACUCGUGGAUGCGGCUUGUAAAAAAAUUGCGUCUAUGAUCAAAGGCAAAACAUCGGAGGAAAUACGAAAAACUUUUGAGGCUGAACAUGAUAAAGCCACUAACUAAAGUCGAGGAUAAAUAUAUUCUUUUUCUACUCUCAGUUGUUUGAAAAAAGAAUUUGAUUUUAUUUAAGUUAUUAGGUGAGUUAGAAAAAAUAUGAGACAAGAUUUUUUUUUUUUUAUUACGAAAGAUUUUUCAAAAACAGCACAUACUAAUACGGACAUGUAAUACUUCAAUAUCGCUCUAAAUUUGUGACGAUCAAGACAUUUUACCAGUUAUAGUUUUUUUAUUUUUAUUUACCCUUUUGUAGAAAAAACAGAAUAUUUUUAUAAUUUUUUGAUAGUUUACCUGACAGACCAAGUAAAAUAAAAAUUAUUUUUCGAUGCAACGUUUUUUUUUU